AUGUCGCCCGAAGGCUUCUUUGAAAACUCAGGCUCACGCAUACGUUAUUUGACACCGCUGCCACCAAGCGCUUUUCCAAUUGACUUAAAUAAUGGUAAUAUUACAACAACAACAGAUAUCGCUGACGAACCGCGUUACUUGGACAACAUGCUUAGAUUUAUAAAAGCGUCCAAGGAAAAAUUUCUCAAAUACACUGAACACCAGCCAAAAGUACUGUAUGUAAAUAUGGAAUUUAUAUGCACACGUGAGGUGAUGCGCCUAAUCGCGUGUGCGCCCUAUGAUACCAAAACCAACUGGACGUUGGCCAUAAGCAAAUACCGUCAAAAUAUUUAUAUAGCUAAGGUGCCAAAUGAAGCAAGACCUUUCUGUGGCUUUGAUCAGGAUGCUGCUAAACAAUUGAUCAAGGCCAACUGGCUUAAGAAGCUGCGUAAGCAUUGCCUCAUGUCACUGGCUAAUAACAUUGUGCUGCCCGAUUCCUAUGAACAAAAGGAGGAAUGUGGACAAUAUUACGCAGUAUAUUCAAUAUUAUUCGACGGAAUGAGUAUACUUUUCGAUGCACCCGUACUGGCCGAGCAGUGUCCAAAUUCUUUCAUCUCGGAACCAAAGAAGUUUUUGGAGUUGCAACUGCGUCCAGGUAGUAUGAAUCGUGCCGAGUGGGCAGUACAUAACCGCGACGAGUCUAUUCAAUGGUGGGUGGAGAGCUUUUUUAUUGGCGCUCAAGGGAUUUAUAUAGCUGACCAUGAUGAGCGUGGUUUCGUCCAUCGAAUUAGAAAUCAUGAGAUGCGUGCUUUUAGGAAAGAAUGUGAACGGGAUUGGGCGCCCCAUUUCUGCGCAAAUUUUCUUGCGCGCUUUCUACGCAAAAUUAAAGAAAUAAUGUUACCCGUGGACUCCGCCAGCACUGUUUACCUGUUUGAUUUUGAUGCUAAGAACGGUAUAAUUACCUAUAGACCUGAAACAGCAGGCAAUGAGCAUACAUUCAUACCGGACUGGUAUCGGUUGCUGAUGGAAGAGAGCUUAUGUUUCAAUUAAGUUUUUCGUCAG